AUGGCAACCGACCGGAGCGAGUCUACGAUUAAAAGUGAUAUCCUCGCCGAUAUCGAGAAGCUCCUGGCAGAGCCGAUGAAGUACGAUCCGGUCUGUCCAGGAUUCGGGACCACAUGGACGAAACUCUUUGCCCCGAGUUCCGCCGCCACCGCCACCGCCAUUACCGAGAGCGUUAGGCCUGCAGUCGCACCGCCAACACCCAAAAACGUGCCGACGGUCGGCUGCACGGUACAGCGGUCCGACAUACAGCAACGGCGAAAGUUGGAGUGGCUCACCACCCCGCCACCUCCACUAAACCGGACGAAACCACGGCACGCACGUAACGCACUGCCGAAAAUCACCAACAUCGAAAAAACGAAUAUUGAUCUUUCGACCGUACUUGGUCGUCCGACGACCGUACCUCCGGCACCGACACCAACCAACAACCCGCUGGCCGCGACGAGUCCUCCGCCGCCACCGAUAACCGGCUCGGCACUACCAGAACCAGCCACGGCAAAGAUCCCCGCGCCGCCUUCACCGCAACCAGCACCGGCCGAUGUCCGGCCCGUACCCAGGAUCAUCAUGGAAUCGUCUUAUCUCAUCACCGAAUUCGGCAUGAAUAAAG